AUGGCCUCCUCUUCUACUUCUGCCCAACACCAUACUAACCGCUUGGCAAAAGAGAAAAGCCCGUAUUUGCUGCAACACGCAGAUAAUCCAGUGGAUUGGUACCCGUGGGGAGAAGAAGCCUUCAAGAAAGCUCGUGAAGAGAAGAAACCGAUAUUUCUAAGUGUUGGAUACAGUACAUGCCAUUGGUGCCAUGUAAUGGCUCAUGAAUCUUUCGAAAAUGAAGAAAUUGCAAAGGUCAUGAAUGAAAAUUUUGUCAAUGUUAAGGUCGAUAGAGAAGUACAACCUGAUGUUGAUCGGACGUACAUGACCUUUGUUCAAGCAACAACAGGCGGAGGCGGAUGGCCUAUGUCAGUUUUCCUGACGCCGGAUUUGUAUCCAAUUUACGGAGGGACUUACUUUCCGCCUAGAGAUCAAUUUGGCAGACCAGGAUUUCCCACAUUGUUGAAGCGGAUCGCGUCAUUAUGGAAAGAAGACCCGGAGAAACUCAAAAAAUCUGGAAUGGACGUGAUGGAUAUGUUACGCAAUGCUACCGGGCUCAACGACGACGGAAGAAGUAAAGAUGCAGUUAAUAUGGAUAUAGCACAUAAAUGCUACAAAUAUUUUGUAAACGCGUUUGAUUCGAAAGAAGGUGGAUUUGGAGGCGAGCCAAAAUUUCCAACACCCGUCCAAUUUCAUUUUCUUCUCCGAUAUUAUUACUAUACCCACCAUGAGUUGGGGAGCGAAUCGUUAUCAAAUUUAUCGAUUUCGCAAAUUCACGCCAAGGGCAAUCAGUUAGGAAUCGAUUUUAAAGGUUGUCUUGAAAAGAGUGAUUGUAUUCAGAAACUUCAGCAAGCCAUUGCGAACCAACAGAAAGCUUUGGAGAUGGUUAAAUUCACUUUAGUGAAAAUUGCCAGAGGCGGAAUUCAUGAUCAUGUUGGAAACGGAUUUCAUCGCUAUUCAACUGAUCGCUACUGGCACGUUCCUCAUUUUGAGAAAAUGCUUUAUGAUCAAGCACAACUUCUCGCAACAUACAUCGAAGUAUUUCUACUUACCAAAGAAGAUUAUUUUGCAGAGAUCGCACGGGACAUAAUCAAAUAUGUUGUACGCGACUUGAGGGAUCCAGUAGGUGGUGGAUUCUACUCUGCCGAAGAUGCCGAUUCUUAUCCUCACGAGGGUGCACCACAUAAACUCGAGGGUGCGUUUGCAGCAUGGGAAAAAUCAGAAUUGGAUCAGAUUCUUGGCGAAGAUUCGAUUGUUUUCUGUUAUCAUUUUGGGGUUGAGGAAAAAGGGAAUGUACCAAGAGAAAAAGAUAUUCAGGGCGAGCUGAUAAAUAAAAAUGUGUUGAUUGAAAGAUAUACUCUUGAAGAAACGGCUAAAGAGUUUAGUCUUUCACUUGAUGCACUGGACCAAAUUCUAAAACGUUCUAAAGAAAAACUAGCUAAACAUCGGGCAGAGAAACGUCCAAAACCUCAUCGUGAUGAUAAAAUUCUUACUGCGUGGAAUGGUCUCAUGAUAUCUGCCCUUGCACGAGCGUAUGAAGCUUUAGGCACGAAAGAAUAUUUAUCACUGGCUGAAAAUGCGGCAAAAUUCUUGAAAGAAAGGAUGUAUGAUACUGGUAGAAAUCAGUUAUUACGAAGCUUCCGCGAGGGGCCUGGAAAUACAAAUGGUUUCUCGGAUGAUUAUAGUUUUCUAAUUCAAGGUCUAAUCGAUCUCUAUGAAUGUUCCUUUGACGAAAACUAUCUGAAAUGGGCCAUUGACUUGCAAGAGACUCAAAACGAACUUUUCUACGACCAAAAUUCCGGCGGAUACUUUAACGUUCCAGAAACAAAUAAGGAUAUCUUGUUAAGAAUGAAAGAUGAUCAUGAUGGCGCAGAACCUUCGGCAAAUUCGGUGGCUGUAAGCAAUCUAAUUCGCUUACACGCUUUUACCCAAAAUCCCGAUUACCAUACAAAAGCUGAAGCAACUCUUCAAACAUACGGUGACAAUUUGCAAAAACAUCCUUACUCCAUGCCGUCAUUGGUCUCCAGUGUGAUGUUAUAUGUAAAGAACAUCAAACAAAUUGUUUUCCUCGGCGACAUUCAAAACCCAACAGUCGUCAACUUCCUCAAUGUUAUACGCCACCGCUAUAUUCCCAAUCGUGCAUUACUUUUUACCCCGUCUCCCGAUCGCGUCGACUCUUCUGUAAUCGCGCAAAAGAACGAUUCGGUCAAAUAUCUUUUACAGGCCAUCGAUGCUAGUGAUAAUAAAGAACGGAUUCCCUCGGUGCAUAUUUGCGAGAAUUUCACUUGUGGGUUGCCGAUUCGUGAUGUGGAAAAGUUGGAAGAAAAGUUGUCGGAUUGA